GUAACCCCGGUUCUGCAGUAGGGCAAUGUUUCCGUCGGUAAUCACAACGGGAACCAAUAGAAAGAGUCGUUGUUGAUAACAGGAAGCUUAUGAUCUGCUAGUCUUAGCUGGAUGUAUGUUGGCUUCGCAGGUAGUCGAACAAUUCCCUUUUUACUUGGAAACAAACGAAAAACCUGAUGUGUAUGCAGCCUUGGAUGACUACAGGACUCAACAGGUUCUCCAUGCAGUAGCACACUACUGUGUUAUAUAUUUACAACCCGCAAGACCUGAUGUGUAUCAUAUUCUUCAAGUUUGACCCCCGGCCUGUUUCCAAGAAUGCAUACAGACUCAUCCUAGCAUCAAAUCGUGAUGAAUUCUAUCACCGGCCGGCAAAGCCAGCUGAUUUCUGGGGAUACAAUAAUGAGAUCCUUAGUGGGUUGGAUAUGGAGCCUGGUAAAGAAGGAGGAACGUGGCUAGGGAUAAGUAAAAAAGGGAAACUGUCGUUCCUAACAAAUUACCUGCAGCCUAAAAUAGAUGUUCAUGCCAAGGGCAGAGGUGCUCUUGUGGCCAAUUUCUUAACAUCAGACCUAGAUUGCUUUUCUUACCUGAAGAAGGUAUCUGCAGAAGGACAUGUCUAUAACCCCUUUAACUUGGUAGCUGCAGAUUUUAACAACACAAAAGGUGAUGUUCUUUCUUAUUAUGGAUCGAAAGGAGAAAAAGAACCUGUCCAAUUAAAUCCAGGUGUGUACGGCUUGAGCUGCAGUCUGUUGGACACCCCAUGGAAGAAACUCCAACAUGGGAAAAAAUUGUUUGCGGACAUCAUCAGAAAGAGCCAGGACACUACCCGAGAGGCCUUUGUUCAGGAGCUCAUUACAGUGAUGAACAAUGAAGAACAACAGUUACCAGACCCAGCUAUAGAAGAACAGGGAAAGGACUUUGUUAAACCAAUCCUGAGUAGCUAUUCAGCUGUAUGUGUGCGCUGCCCAGGUUACGGAACAAGGACCAACACCAUUAUCCUCAUUGACGGCGAGGGACACGUCACAUUCACAGAACGAACCAUGUUAAACUGCGACAUCACUCAAUGGAAGACGAGCACCUAUCAGUUCAUGCUACAGAAUUAGCAUCUACCCACUUGGCCAGUUUUCUAUAAACCAUCUUGUAUAUUAAAUCAGCAAC